ACUGUCCUGGCAAGCCAAUCUGCGAGGUGAGGCCGGGUUUCUGCAGCAGUUCCGGGGACAGGGAACCCGGAGGCCUCUGCGAUGAUCUCCGAGUCCCCAAGCCUCCAUUUGCCUGCUGCCCAGUGAAUGAAAGCCAGUCGUGCGGGACCUGGCGGCCGCAGAUCAAGAUGGGGUUUAUAUUUUCAAAAUCUAUGAAUGAAAACAUGAAAAUGCAACAGGAGUUCAUGCUUAUGAAUGCUCGACUUCAGCUGGAAAGGCAGCUAAUUAUGCAGAAUGAAAUGAGAGAAAGACAAAUGGCCAUGCAGAUUGCUUGGUCUCGGGAAUUUCUCAAAUACUUUGGAACAUUUUUUGGGAUUGCAGUCAUCUCUUUAACAGCUGGAGCAAUAAAAAGGAAGAAGCCAGCCUUCCUCUUCCCUAUUAUUCCAUUAAGCUUUGUCUUUACCUACCAGUAUGACUUGGGCUAUGGAACCCUUCUACAAAGAAUGAAAGGUGAAGCCGAGAACAUACUGGAAACAGAAACGAGUACAUUACAGCUGCCAAAAGGAAUGAUUACUUUUGAAAGCCUUGAAAAAGCCAGAAGGGAACAAAGUAAACUCUUCAUAGAUAAAUAGUAUCAUGUUUACCUACCUAAUAUCAAAACACAAAAUUGUUGACUUGAAUCGUGGUUUUCAAAAUUUUUUAAAUGCUCAAGAUUUUGAUACAAUGGAUUCUAUUUUAAAAUAUUAAAAUGUUAAGAUCAGUUUUGUGAAGCUAUUUUAAAAUUUUAUAACAUUCAAUGAAAAAGGUACUCUAAUAACUUUCAGAUUUCAUAUAUAUGUAUAUUAUAAAUAUCUAAAUGUAAAACUAAUAAAUUAUAUUGUUUUG